CGCCCCCCGCUCCCCCACCCUGCCAUCUCAUUCUCUGCCAGUUUUGCUUUGGGUGAUUCUGUUUCAUACUCUUUGACACUGCUCGCCCCGUCAGCAGGUCACCAGUUGGGUUACCAUUCAAAUAUCCACCUCAUGACGUCACUAGCCAAGUCAGGUCAAACAGUAACAAUCCAAUAGUGAGGAAAGUACGUUCGAGGGCGUGGCGCGGCGCGGCCUUGAGGGUCUCCGGGAGGCGACGCAGCAGGACGGUUAUGGAAUCCAGGCCGCUUGAAGAUGCUCCCGGCGGACUGAGUUGCCCCGCCCCACCAGCAUUCCAAGAGGCUGACUUAACUCCUGUGUAGUGAGGCGGCGCAACGGCCGUUGGUGCUCACACUGGCUCGGCGAAGGCCGGGGAGCACACAAGGCAGCAGCCAGGGUCAGGCGAGGUCCUCGACCCAGCACGAGUGUUCGCGUCCCGUUAAGACCCAGUGACAUAAUCUGAAGACCUGAGCUCGCGACGUCGUCAUUUCCGGUUGUACUGCUCGCUGUGCUCACCAGCCGCUGUUUCCGGCGAGUGAGUCCCCACGACACAGGUGUGAGGCAAUGGUGAGUAAUAGGGAUGAGUGAGUGUGUGAGUGAGUAAGAGGAGGCCUCAGUGUGUGGCUGAGGCUGGGAGCGUGAGGCCGCGGUGGAGCACGCUCGGACAGGGCGCCACAUGCUGCCGCCCGUCCAGAGUCCUGCCGCUGACAGGGCGCCGCCGCAUUGCUCCUCGCGACACUCUCGGUUACGCUCCCCCAGACUUGUGUUCGAGUGAGCAGUGUGUGUGGUGACGCCGCGCCGCGAGUGAUGAGUGUGGUGACAGUGACCAAGCUUUUUAAUGAGUCAGUGUGCCCAGUGCUGUGGUGGCGAGAAUCGAGCGCAUACAUACACACAAGGAAAAAUUUUCGUCUGGCGCAUAUGCAGAAAAUUGUAGUGAAAAGUGGUGUGUAUGUUUCACGCAACGCUCCGCGAGUAUUAAUGGCCCUCGCGCCGCCGCCACGUGCUGUGCCGAACCCCGCCUCCCAUGGAUAGAGUGAUACCAGAAGUACAGAGUGCACAGCAGGUGAGAGGAGCGGCGAGCGUGUGUGCCUUCGCGUGGUCCGCCUCCCUCUGCUGCCCGCGUCCUCGCUGACUAAGCCGUGAGUCAGGUCCGUCUUGCUCACAAACGCGCGUAGGCGGAGAGCUGCACGUGCUGGAGGGAACCUACCCGACCCGCGCCGCACAACGCUGUACCCGGGACCAGGUGUGACCAGCAGGCAGGAUGACCGUCGCUGUGGCCGCGUCACUUCACGACCUGCCGCUGUCCCUCGCCCUGCUGCUCGGCAUGGAUGACGUCCCAGACGCCCCGAUGCGUCACCCUCCCCCUCCCCCAUACACCCCCCGCACUACAACGCCCACUACCACCCACGGGCCACAAAUACUACACACCCUCUCCACGCCCACGCACUCCCCAAGGACGACAGGUGACCCACUCACUCAACAAACCCUACCGAAAACAACGUUCGACACCUUCAUCCCUCACCAUCAAGCCUCGACCUCCUUCGAGAGUUACCCUGCGGUUAGCGGCCCUGCAGGUUCCUCCUCCUGGGGUGGAGUGUCCCCUGAAUCUGCUAUCACGCCUUCACUGAGUUUUUAUGGGUCACCCGCCCUCUCCAGCCCUUCCCCUCGUCCGACUCCAACGCCAGAGGGCACGGCAUACUCACAUCACACAGAGAGGGCCUCGCACAGAGUCAGCGUUACCGUGACCGACUUAUCAUCGGCCACCCCAGAGAAUAUUCAGGCGCAGAGUGAUUACACCGGCACCUUUACUGAGUGUGGAUACAGCGCGGAACCAAGUCCAGGCCCGAGCUACACCUCGCUGGCCCAGCUGGUGAGCGAGGACCUACCUGGCUCCUCUGACUGGUCCAGCAUCAGCGGCGCCACUGUGGGUCUGGAAGGGUGGGGAGUGGACCCACUUCCGCCCGCCUGGCCCUCCCCCGUCACUACUGUCACCGCACCCAGUGACCCUGCACCGACGUGGGUGUGGCCCACCCAACCCACAGGGUCUGAAAAUCCAUGGCACCUUCAACCACCCCCGGUGUGUUCCCCGCCCGGUGAACAUGCUGCACUCAGCCCAGCCAGCAGGGAAGUUUCUCAGGGGUUCUUCCGCGGGAAUGGCGCACCCCAUGGCCGCCGCUCCGCCUCCCGCUCGCCUCUCAGCCCGGCGGGCGCUGCGUCAACCCCCUCGCCCCGAGGGGACCUCCCGCCCCGCUCCCCGCUCGCACUGCCAGGCUCACCACACGACACGCGCUCAGCAGACCGGCGUCGUUGGAGAAGACGACAGCAGCAGCAACAGCAUCAAAAAUCUCAGCAGAAGGGUGAAGAGGAGGAGGGUGUGUGGUGGGGGUGUGGUAGCGGGUGGCGGCGGUGGUCGGGGCAGCCCCGCCGCUCACACAGUCUGGUCCCCAUGGAGAGUGCGGGAGGAGCGCGGCCGGUGGAGAGUGGAGGCCCCAGCCCCUUGAGAGGCAGUUCCCCCGGUGACCACACCCCACACGCCCCGGAACAACACACGUCACUCGACGAAGGUCAAGACGACGACGAGGACGACGACACAGAGGAGAGUCGAGUCUGCGUCCCGCCAGACCCGCGAGUGUGGGCUUCGGAGGACAUAUCAACGUGGCUCAGAUGGAUAGUGAAGGAGUUCAACCUGAGGAAGGAGGUGGAUCGCAAGGUCCUGCCAGACACAGGCUGUGAGCUUUGUCGUCUGUCGCGGCGUCGGCUGCAGCGGCUGGUGGGGCGACGCGUGGGGCGGGUCUUGGCGGAGCACCUGGACAUCUGCCUGCAGCGGUUCGGCGCCAAACACCCAACGUCCCCUGAUCCUAACGCUGACCCCUCCACCACCCUGCCCUCCGACGAGUCUUCCGAGGAGGAGGAGGACGAGGACGACGAUGUGGAUCCCUACGAGCUGCUGGGUCCUCGGUCCUCACGGCUGGCAGCGCAAGGGUCAGGCCAGAUCCAGCUGUGGCAGUUCCUUCUGGAGCUCCUCUCAGACCCCGCCAAUGCCGCCGUCAUCACCUGGGAGGGCACCGCGGGGGAGUUCAAGAUUCUCGACCCAGACGAGGUGGCGCGCCGCUGGGGUGAGAGAAAGUCGAAACCCAACAUGAACUACGACAAGCUUUCCCGCGCCCUCCGGUAUUACUACGACAAGAACAUCAUGACCAAGGUGCACGGCAAGCGCUACGCCUACAAGUUCGACUUCCGUGGGCUGGACCAAGUGCGGCAGCAGCAGACGGCCGAGGCGCAGCGCUACCCCGCCGACCUGAGCUUCCUCACUGGGUACUCCCAGCUGCUGGGGAGCACCUCCCCCCUUGGUGCGGGGCCACUGGCACCGCCCUCCCCACACCCACCACCUCCACUACUCUCUCCACCCCCUUACUGGGCCGCCGUGUCUUCCGCAGCUGCCCUGGCCACGACCUCACCGCUAGCCACCUCCUCCCCAUUAGCCACCUCGCCCCUGGCCACCUCGCCGCCACUGGGGCUACACGCCGCGCCCCUCACCUCGCCCCUCAGCUCCCCGCAGCCGGACACCCCAACCACCACAACCGCCGCCGCCCAAAGGACGCUGCCCCACUACCCGUACUCAUGAACCCUGCACAGGGAGUGGGACAAGCCUGCCCCCGUCCGCCACAAGCGGGACCUGCUGGAUUACUUGAUGCUGCUGCGUCUACUUACACCCCCAGAGCCUCCCAGACCCUGGCCUCCAGCUGCAGGCUCCUCUGGCGGGCAAGGGAGUCACCUCGGGGCGUCCUGGGCAACCUCCCGACAACGGUGAGGCCGCGGCACUCCUCGGGGCCUCUGUCCCCUGUUCCCUUCGUCUUCGCGGAACCGCGGGGCCGCACCGAGCGAGAUACUCAAAUUAAUCUAUCUCGUCGAUAAGACUCACAAAUGUUCCUGAAAGCCACACCAAGGGUACAGACGGCUGCCACGGCACAGAUAGGCGUAACAAUACAUAACGCUGUGGCAGCAAACAAACACUAAACACAGGCGUCAGUCAAGUAAUAAACAAAACACCAUGUCACUUAGUUAAGAAUGUCACCAGGCGCCACAACACACACCCUCACAUUGGUACCAAACCAUACGUAAAGUGCAGUACAAGGAAAGGUCACGAAAGACUUCCAUAUUCCAUAACCUAUCCAACUUCUCCCCUCUUCCAACCAAACACUUCCUGUUCUAACGCUCCACGUGCCAAACAAACCACUCCCCUCCUUCUCUUCCCCUCUGCGACAGAUCAGUCAGUGCAAGAGAUAAUAGAUUCACACCCCAUUACAAAACUCAAAAUCCCAACUAAACUCACCACACAUCCACACCGCCCUGACUCUUCACUCUGCGACGCGGUGGACUAGGCUAGGCACCACUCUCUCCACCAUCGCCUCAGCACCGAGUUCCGCACCACCGAGAUGACGCUGCUUGUGAGGGGCUCUGCAGAGCCUCGGGGCGUAGGUGAGGCAGAUGUUACUAACUUGAAAUGUUAAUUAAGAGUACCUGUUCAGCGUCAUACAGUUUGGUUUGGGGACUAGUAUUCCCUGAGUGUUGCAAUUGUAUUAUUUAAGUUCCAUUAUUCGUUCCUCGUGAUAUAUAUACGAGAAUUAUAUUGCCUUACGUACAAGUCCACUUUUUUCUGUGGGCGCGUGUAUGUAGCUCUUUUUAUUUUUAUUUUUAUUAUUUUUUUUUUUUUUGUGUAAUAACGUGUCUUCAACCUGAGCUUGCACCUGAAUAUAAGCAGAGUUUUGAAUCAGUAUAGCAGAUCGACCAUUAAUUAAGUGAGUAGUAAGAAUUAGCAGAAGCAACGACUAGACAGAUAUACGUGUGGUGAAAUUUUCAUAGUUUAGAUUAUGUCUCGCAUGUUUUCUUAAUUACUAACCUUUUCUUGGAAUUAAGACAUAUCAACAUUUGAACAUAUAAUUGCUCAACUACACUUAUAAAUCACCAAGGAGGGGACAGGAGUAAUGCAUUAAAGCCACUCGCACGCUCUUAAAGAAAUACUGUCAGUCUUCAGGUGCACGCUUCUGUUGAACACCUUAACACGUAAAAGUAAGAUCGAAGCAUCUUAUACUCCCCAUUCGUUCAGGUCAGCGUCCCCUCCCUCGCCUCGCCCCAACCCCACCAUUAGGCAAGUCCUCCACAUAUCAAGCCCAACAUUCCCUCAGCCAGUCCCCAGUUGGCUAGCACAGUGAUCAAGCCGGUUCAUGAUUGGUGCAAUGUUCCUCCAGUCAGGACAAAGCAUUCAUUCCUCAUUGUAUUACUACUAGCAUUUAUUUACAUUAAGUGUUGUUAUGCAGUAUUAUUAUAUAGGUGACCUGUAGGUGUUCUGAUUAGCUGUAGUGGCUCAUUGCUGUCAUUAUCCCAGGUGUGUAAGGAUCACCUGUAGGAUGGCGCGCUUGAUCAUCGCUGACGGUGAGAAGCCCGAGUGAUAGAUAGAAAGGUAGUAGAAAAGGAAUGUUUUGCGUAGUUUCGUUAUUAGGGAAAGGGAAGAUAAGUAACCCGAGUGAAAUUUUUGUACGUUUCGAAAGAUUGUGCUCAUAAGAAUCAGUUACAAAAAUAAUUUUAAAAAACGAGUGAUUUAAUAUAGAAAAUAUAAUUCUUUUGUCGUUUCGUUAUGGUAAGAGAAAAUAUGUACUGUGUGUGAAAUAUUGUACGCUUUGAAAGUUUGUGCUCAGAUAAUUACAAAAAUAUAUAAAGGGUGUGACAGAGUGAUUGGAAGUAGAAAACCAAGUUUUUGAAUAGUUCUAGUUUCAUUAUUGAAAAGAAAAUACCUAGUAUGUAAAAUUAUGUACUUCUGAAGAAACUGUGCUCAGAAAAAAAUAUAUAUAUAUGCAGAAAGUUAUCAGUGAGAGAAAAUAAAUAAAUGUAGAAGAAGAGACGCAUCACAAACAUCAACUUUUCCACUUUUCACGAUUACGAUAAAGAAAAAAAAAAAAAGAAAGCUCAUCCACAGGUAAUUAGAUGAAAUAUUGCAAAGACCGUCUUAGGAUGCUGGUCGACACUUGUGUCCUAGAAAAAAAAAAUAAAAGAAUCAGCAGACGGUUUAUGGUGCUCAGUAAGAUUUGCGCACAGAGUCAAUGCAUAAACACACGCUGCCGUUUCGCUUAUGUGCAAGCGCGCGUGUCCAUGUAGAUAGCAAUUCGCACCGCUUCCCACGCCCAUCUGACCUCCAUCUUCUCUUGGUUCUCCUUGGGGCACUAAAAAAAGAACAGCAAAUACACGACACACAAAAUUUAAUAUCGUCACGUAGGUUAGGUCGUCAUAUUUACGAAACUACUUUGUUUAUAUCGAUUUCUCCAGCUUUGUGUCGCUUUUUUUUUUAUGUAUCCAUGUAUUGGGAACUGCUUCGAGCGCUAUACAUACUGGAUUUUGAGUCUUUUGAGGGUUUUUUUCUUUUUUAUAAGCUUUGCAAUAUGAUUUUUUUUUUACAUGUAUGUCAUCUAUCAACAGUAAUCUUUUUAUUGAGCUUCUAUCCUCAACUUUAUGGACUUAAGGACGUAGAGAAUAAGUUUCCUUUUUUGUCUGUUUAUAAGACGAAUAUCCCACCGAUUUACUAAGGGCUACUCGGGGUUAAUAUCCCACGUUCGCCCUUCUUUUAGCUUGACUUAGUACAUUUUCAAGGACUGGUUAUUGCAAAUCAGUACAAGAUUGUCCUUUAUACCCUUCUCCUCCUCCUCCUACUCCUCCUCCUCCUCCUUCUCCUCCUCCUCCUCCUCCUCCUCCUCCUCCUCCUCUUCCUCCUCCUCCUCCUCCUCCUCCUCCUGUCAUAUACUCAUAGGUACAGAUGUUCUACCACGCACCAAGUUGCUAAACAGAACCCGUGAACGCGAUGCCAUAUUAGUUAAAUUCAAUCAAUGCACCUGCUUUCCCAGAACCUCACCUUUUCCCACCUCUCACCUGUCUCUCCCUCUCCCCCCCCACCCUUUACCAGUGCGCCCGUAUAACAUUAGGUCUCCCUUAGCUCAUUUCUGAGGAUUAAGCGUACAAAUGUUGAAUUUUGUGUUUUCGUGAAAAAAAAAAAAAUAGAAAAUCACUAUUAAAAAAAUUAGUUAGUGGAACUCUAAACUCCUCAAAAUAAGGACACACACACACACACACACACACACACACACACACACACAUAGCAACCGCAAAAUCUCACUAAUUAUGCGAUACAAAAGACAGUCCCAAUCAUUUCCCAAAAGGGGCUGGGCACCCUGAUGCCUCCAGCCCUCUUCUCCUGUUCUCCCCCCCUACGCCCUCCACUCCGCCCCCCUUAACUCUGAUCUCACGCGUCCCCGCCACGAGGACGUGAGGCCGACCCAGAGGCUUGUUUAGUUGUAGAUGAAAUGGUUACUUUGUACGAAUCUGUCACGACCAUUUCUGUUCUCUCUCUCUCUCUCUCUCUCUCUCUCUCUCUCUCUCUCUCUCUCUCUCUCUCUCUCUCUCUCUCUCUCUCUCUCUCUC